GUUUGUUUAUGCGCUGAAAAAAGCGAAAGCGUAAUGGCGGCAGGCAGACUGUGAUGAGCUAGCAAAAUUAGCCAGGAAUCCUUACCCAGAGCUUGUAAGAGAACUGAGGGUUGGAAUAGUCAUAAGACUUUCUUUAAAAUAUUGUCGUCAAAAUGCAGAUCACAUUGAAAACCCUGCAACAGCAAACUUUUAAAAUCGACAUUGACGCAGAAGAAACGGUAAAGGCCUUAAAGGAAAAAAUAGAGAAUGAGAAGGGAAAGGAAUGUUUUCCAGUUGCAGGACAGAAGUUGAUAUAUGCAGGCAAAAUCCUUAACGAUGACACAGCUCUGAAGGAAUAUAAAAUAGAUGAGAAAAACUUUGUGGUUGUCAUGGUAGCAAAGCCUAAAGCAGCUCCUGCUGUAGCUCAGCCUUCCACUGCUACAACAACCACAACUAGCUCCAGCACUACAGCCUCUACUACCCCCUCUAGUGCAGGGGCAACAGCUCCCGAGAACCCCCCGGAGAGUGCGUCCAAGGAGGACAAGCCUGCAGACGAGAAGCCUCCCACCAGUGCUGCACCUGCCUCCACACCUACCCGAUCUUCAGCAAAUGUUAAUAUAUUUGAAGAAGCAACAUCUGCAUUGGUGACAGGCCAGUCAUAUGAGAACAUGGUGACCGAGAUGAUGCUAAUGGGCUAUGAGAGAGAGCAAGUGGUUGCUGCACUAAGGGCCAGCUUUAAUAACCCAGACAGAGCUGUGGAGUACCUGCUUACGGGCAUCCCAGUGGGGGAGGGGGAGAGUAAUACUGGUGCUGAGCAGGUCAGUCCUGCUGGGGGGGGCGCCCCAGCUGUCUCCACUGGAGCCCUUACUUCCCCUACAAGCACAGCUCCUUCACAGCCCGUGGCUGCAUCUGGAGCCAAUCCCCUUGAAUUCCUGAGGAACCAGCCCCAGUUUCAACAGAUGCGGCAGAUCAUCCAGCAGAACCCCUCACUGCUACCAGCUCUCCUGCAACAGAUAGGCAGGGAGAACCCUCAGCUUCUGCAGCAAAUCAGCAGCCAUCAGGAGCAGUUCAUCCAGAUGCUUAAUGAACCGGCCCAAGAGGGAGGGCAAGGGGGUGGUGGAGGCGUGGCAGAGGCUGGCGGAGGUCAUAUGAACUACAUCCAGGUUACGCCACAGGAGAAAGAAGCCAUUGAGAGGCUAAAGGCCUUGGGAUUCCCAGAAGGACUUGUUAUACAGGCAUACUUUGCUUGUGAGAAGAAUGAGAACUUGGCUGCAAACUUCCUUUUACAACAGAACUUUGAUGAUAUUGACUAAAGGGAGACAUAAUUGUCAACCCCCCCCCCCCCCCUUUUUUUUGUCAAUUUAUCAUAUUGGAGAGAAAAAAUGGGCCAUCACGCUUUUCAUAAAUUUGACUCCAAUUCACCUGCUUGAUAACACUGGAUUGUCAUCUCCGUUUGUAUUCAAGAGCUGCGCUGCUCUCUCAGAUCACCACCAAUAAGUAAAAAUGAACUUGCUUCAUCUGAUAUCAACUGUGUGCUACCUGAUUCUUUUUUUAAUUAUUAUUAUUUAGCGCAGACAAACAUUUUUUUUUCUGUCAUUACAAGGAAUCUGACGACUGGUUUUUGAGUUGAUCGCUGAGCUUGUUCUUCCCAAUUGUAGAGGUGGAACCUGGCUGGGACGUUUGUUAUGGCUUCUGCAUUAAUGUUCCUGUUUGAUUUCUCUUUCUCUUCCUCUUUAAUUGACCAGUAUAGGGAUCCAAAAUUACUCAAAUGCUGUUUUAAAUGGCAGUAAAGAUUUUUAAACAAUCA